CCGGUCGCUAAUAAUCAUAGAAGAUGAAGAGGAAUUCCCACGCCUGGUGCUGUUGCUAGAGCAACGUCAACAUCAACUGUGUGUGAGCAUUAGAGGAAGACACCACAAACUGUUUUAUUGACAGAUUACACUCAGCCAGGGGGUAUUGCUGUCAUGGCGAGCCAGCGGCCUCCCUCCGGUCUGGGCAGGCCGAUGAGCCGUGGUGGAUCUCUGGUUCCAGGAGCUGGAAGACCCCCAACUGGUGUCAGACCUCCUCCCACAGCUUUACGUGGUACAACUGCGAUGGUUCCAGGUACAGCCGCUCUGCCUGGCACAAGGGGUGGUGGUCCCAUCACCACUCCUGGAGUCCUGUCUGCCCAGAUCAAAGUGGCCGACAGGCCUGUCACCCAGCAGGGGCUCAGUGGGAUGAAAACUGGCAUGAAGGGACCUCAGAGACAGAUUCUGGAUAAGUCCUACUACUUGGGACUUCUUAGGAGUAAGAUCACAGAGUUGACCACAGAGACCAGCAAGCUGCACAAAGAGAUCGACAACUUCAAUCAGGAGAACUCUGUCUAUCUGUCCUAUGAGAAGAGAGCGGAGGGCUUGGCUGGAGAAAUCAAGGAUCUGCAAGGCCAGCUUGCAGACUAUAACAUGCUGGUGGACAAGCUCAAUACAAGCACAGAGAUGGAGGAAAUGAUGAACGACUACAACAUUCUGAAAGCUCAGAAUGACAGAGAGGCACAGAGCAUUGAUGUCAUCUUCACUGAAAGGAGGGAGAGAGAGGAGGCCAUCAGGGGGAUUGAGGAGGAGAUCAAGAGAGAAAGGAGUGUUGCUGAUGAGGUUGUCAAGGCGAUGCCAUCCGAUAAACAGGAGAAGUACAUUGCCAUGACAACAGCCAAUGAGGAGCUACUACAGGAGCUGUCUGUCCGUCAGGAGGAGCUGGACAUCCUGCAGACCAGGAGGAAGGCCUACGAAGCUGAGCUGUCCCACUCCCAAACUAAGCAGGAGGCAGUGCGGCUCUACGAGAAUCUGUCGGUGUUGGAGGCCAGGCGUGACGCCAUGAAGGCCGAGGAUAAAAGCCUGGGCUCCCCUCAGGAGGAGAGGGAGAAACUGUUUAAACAGGUGAAAGAGGACAACCAGGAAAUUGCCAGCAUGGAGAGACAGCUGGUGGAGAUCAGAGAGAGGACCAGUCAGAUCACUGAGGAAAUCAGGCAGCUGGAGCAUGACACAGAGGAAGCCCAUGGGGAGUGUCAAAAUAAGUACAAGGAGCUGAAGAAGAGGGAGGAGGAGAUUGACCGGUUCCUGGAGUCAUUUGAGGAGGUCAGGGCUCAGGAGCAAGAGAAGAUGAUGCAGACGCAGGAAAACAUCGUCUCCCUCCUGGAGCACUGCAGCCGGAACAUGGCCCGACUGCGACAGGUCGACAUGGUGACAGCCAGUGAGCUGAGGAGCAUGCAGGAAGUGCUGGUCACCAAGGAGACGGAGGUGGUCCAAUCAGAGAGCACUGCAAGGGGUUUGACAACUGAGUCUCAGCGGCUGCAGCAGGACCUGGACAAGGUGCAGCAGCUGGAGGGGAAGAUCAGCGGGGAGCUGAGCACCCUGAAGGAGCACGUGGCCACCAUGGAGAAGGAGCUGCACACCUACCGGGACCUGGACACCCUGAGGCGCACAGCGGACGACAAGAAAAAGAGGCUGCAAGAGGACCGCGUGUCGCUGACUCAGCGGCGAGAUUCACUGAGACGGCUGCUACAGGACAUGAACGGCAGCUAUGAAGCCCUGAAGAGCAGACUUCAGGAAAACGAGACGCAUGCUCAGCUGGCCAACCUGGAGCGCAAGUGGCAACAUUUGGAGCAGAACAACUUUGUCAUGAAAGAGUUCAUCGCCUCUAAAUCCCAGGAGAGUGACUACACCUCGGUCGCCAAGAACGUCCUCCAACAAGUAGCUGACUACAACAAGAGCCUCAUCGACGCCCUGCACAGCAACAAGAGCUGAACGCCACCGACACACAGGCGACUGGGACCAGCGGGCAGCUUCUGUUCACUGUCCUCACUUUGGUCAGACGAGGCUAAAACUAGUCACUGACAUGUUUUAGAGUUUCAUCAUCAACAUUCACUUUGCCAGUUAAACAUUUAAGGGCAUAAAUUUAGAGGAAACAGGCUAUAAAAGUGGCACUGUUAUCAACUGAAGACUUCAGAUCGUUACAUUACUCUGCUGAAGUUUGUCACUAUUUACCAGCAAUAUUUUGUAUGUCAAUGUUCAGCUGUGUUGAGAUUUCUCUGGAAGGUAAAAGGUGUCCAGAUAAGGCCAAGUGCCAGAAAAUGGGGAAUAUUUUUUUUAUGCUGAUUUGAAAUUAAAGUCUCAACCAAAAAACAAAACUUUUUUUCUCAUGUUCAUGUUUUUAAUGUGGAAAGUGAAUUGUGACAUUUUGUUCUGUGAAAUGCCCUUUAAAUUAAACUGAACUGAACUGA